AUGGCGGCUUACACGAGUAUCCCGGGAUCCUGCCCUGUCGACUCGGCCAGUCUGAAGCAAGAAGCUUGCAUCCGCACCACAGAGCUCAACGAGGGCAGCAGCAGCACCAGUAGCAUUGAUGAGAAAGAAGACCCCUUCACAAUCCAGUCAGUUCUCUACGCCACGGGUGAGAACCAAGGCGACGAUGAUCUCGACGCGGACAGUCCGCAAGAAGUCAUUGACCAUUCCUCGCUUCUGCCAAUCCCCUCUCCACCGCACAAGCACUACUAUGGCUUUGUCGGCCACCUGGCAGACCUGGACCCAACUCUGCCCGUACGUACCUACUGGCAUCUAAUGGACACCUACAACCCCAUCUUCCAGAUGGACCUGGGCAUGAAGUAUCCGCGUGUUUUUGUCGGCAGCCGGGAGAUGGUCAACGAGAUGGCAGACGACAGCCGCUUCAUCAAGUUCACCCACCGCCUGCAUCAGGAGAUGAGAGCUGUGUUUGGAAAUGGCUUGUUCUCGGCCGAGUCGACGAGCAAGGCAUGGAAAAAGGCGCACCGGUUGUUGGUGCCAGCAUUAGGCGACUGGGAAACACGUCCCAUCGGCUUGAGCAAGAUGUUUGACGACAUGCAAGACAUCGCAACACAACUUGUGCAAAAAUGGGAUCGCUACGGCCCAGAUCAUGAGAUUGAGCUCAUCGGUGACAUGUCCCGGCUGACCUUCGACACGAUCGGUCUGUGUGCCUACGGCUACCGCUUCAACCAGUUCUACUCAGAACAGCCGCACCACUUCGAAACUGAGCUCAAAGAAGCCAUUAUCGAGUCUGGUCGCCGCGCUAAUAGACCCGACGUGCUCAACAGAUGGUGGUACUAUAAGGACGAGGAGCACCGACAGGAGAACAUUGUCAAGAUACGCGGCCUGUGCGAAAGCAUCAUCCAAGAGCGCAUCGACAACCCGAAGCCCGAUGCGAACGAUUUGCUCAACGUCAUGAUCCACGGCAUUGACAAGGAGACUGGCGAGAAGCUGGGUUUCGACAACGUCUGCUAUCAGAUCCCCACAUUGCUCGGUGGGGGGUACGAGACGACUUCCUCGACGCUUAGCUUCCUGUAUUACUUUCUUUGCGACACUCCACAGGCCCUCCACAAGGCGCAGGCCGAAGUCGAUGAAGUUAUCGGGGACAAGGUUCUCACGUACGACAUGCUUCCCAACCUCAAGUACCUCGACGCUUGCAUCAAGGAGACCUUGAGAAUGCAGCAUCCGGUCAGUCUCCUGACUAGAUUCUCCACAAAGGACACUGUGAUUGGCGGCAAGUACUUUAUCAGGAAAGGCCAGAUGGUGUCUGGCAUCUGGAGGCACUUCCACCGCGACAAGAAUGCCUGGGGUGAGGACGCGGAUGUGUAUAGGCCCGAAAGGAUGCUGGACGCCGAGUUUCAGAAGAUGCCGCCCAAUGCGUGGAAGCCGUAUGGUGAUGGCCUCCGUGCCUGCAUCGGUCGGGGCAAGCUGACUUACAACCGGUACAGCCGCUAUGCUCUGUAUUAA